AUGCAAGCACGUAUAGGGCUCUGGGUGUCUCGGGGCGGCCGUCUCGACAUCCGCCAGCAACUCCCCAUCAGUCCGUCGAUGCUUCAGCCGGACGAAUACCUGAUCCGCGUCCUUUACAGCGGGCUCAAUCCUGCGGACCACAAGCAUUCAAUUUUUCUGGGCAUCUGCGACCUCGUUGCUGGGUACGACUUCGCGGGCACCGUUGUGGCCCGGGGCUCUGACAGGCUGAGUCUCCUGCCGGGGGCUUUGGUCUGUGGUCUGGCGCGGACGGGGCUUUGCAUUGGCAACCAGCAAUCAGGGCUCCACGGCGCCCACCAGCAGUUCCUCGUUGCCGCGGCGAAAGGCGUGUUUCCGCUCCCCGCCCAGACUUCAGAUGCAGAACUCCAGGUGUUGGCAACCGUGCCUGUCGUUGUCGCCACGGCCGCGGACUGCUUGUUCGGGCUGCUGGGGCUGGAUGACACGCCCAGCGCGAAGAACAAGGCGCCUCUGCUUGUCUGGGGGGGCGGCUCUGCCGUUGGCCACGCCGUCAUCCAGUUUGCGCGCGAGGCGGGAGUAGCGCCCAUCCUUGUGCUGGCAUCGCCGCGUCAUCACGAGGCGCUGAGGCUGCGCGGGGCAACCCGCUGCUUCGAUUACCGGCAUAUCGACACCAUCCGCCACCAGAUCGCAGUGGCCAUGCGCGAGCUCUCCCCCGGUAGCGACGGUGGCUGUCUUCGCCUCGCCAUCGAUGCCACGGGCAUGAACCAUGUCGAGAUCCACUCCAUCCUCGCCGAUGCGAGCGCAGAAGCGCAUGGGUCUACGGGCUGUGGCGCGGCGCGAAUUGUGUCCACCGUGGGCGGUUCCGGGGAUACUCUCAAACCCUUCGCGGCGGUGAUCUUUGGGGAAGAUGUGCAUCUGGGCGGCGGCCGGGUGGUUCGCGGACGGGUGGCGGACGGGGCUCUCGUCGCGGACAAGGUUCGAUGGGCCAUCCAGCACUUGGGAAACCAGUUCCACCAAGUGCCGGUCGAGGUCCUCGAUGGCGGAUGGCCCGCCCUGAUCCCCGGCGUGACACGAGUCAGCGCUGGUGGCAUGUCCUUUCGCAAGCUAGUUUUCAAAAUGCCGCAGGAGGAGGUCGAAGGAACGGGCGCAGUUGCAGGCGCAGAAAAGCUGGUAUGA